AUGAGAUGUCCUAACACUCUCGAAGAUGAUCAUUCUGCAGUCCACUAUGUUAUUCCGUCUUUGGAAAAUCGAGACUUUACUGGUCGUGAUUCCACGCUGGAUGAGCUUAAGAAGAAGCUAUUUCUGGAACCGAGCACGGAAAAACUAGCGCUAUUUGGACUAGGCGGCAUCGGCAAAACCCAAGUUGCUCUUCAGCUUGCCCGCUGGGUGAGAGCGCAUGUACCAGACUGCUCAGUUUUCUGGGCUCCUGCCCUGAGUCUCGAGAGUUUCGAGCAGGCUUGUUCGCAAAUCGCGAAAGAGCUGCAAAUUCCUCUGAAUGCAGAUGGUGAAAGCGCAAAGGAAUCAGUACAGCGACACCUAAGCUCUGAUAAGGCUGGAAAGUGGCUUUUCAUUGUCGAUAAUGCCGAUGACGUGGAAAUGCUUUUCGAUAAUCUUGAUCAGUACUUCCCCGCUAGCAACAACGGCGUUACUUUGCUCACUACUCGUUCCCGCGAGGUGGCACUGGCAUUCGCAGGAAGAGACAUAGUUGAGCUCCAAAAGAUGACAACGGAGGAAGGGAUUGCUUUUAUUACUAAAAUUGUAGGAGAAGACUCGCUUGGUGACCAGAAGUCCACUAUUCAACUGUUAGAGGAGCUCAACUUCCUACCCCUGGCUAUUGUACAGGCAGCUCACUAUAUUUGUCGAAAUGGUGGAACGGUCACACGAUAUCUUCAGCUUAUGCGUAACACCGAAAAAGAUCGGAUGCGUCUAGCGAGCAGGGAAUUCUACGAUAGCACUCGCUAUCGUAAACUGGCAAACGCGGUGGCCACUACAUGGCUUAUCUCAUUCAAUCAGAUCGAAGACUCUGAUCCCUUUGCUGCUGAUUUGUUAGGAUUUAUAUCUUACCUUGAGCCAAAGGCAAUCCCGCGAUCUAUUCUCCCCACGCUCUAUUCAGAAGAGGAGAUGGAGUUUUCACUUGGUACGCUGUGUAGCUAUGGAUUUCUCACCAGGAGGGACGACAAAAAUAUGUUUGAUGUGCAUAGCCUAGUACAGCUAUCAACUCGAAUGUGGAUGACAGACGCGCGGAAGACACAACAAAUCAUCACAACCUUAACACGACAUAUGGACAAGCGCUUUCCAUCUGAUGAAUACACAAAUCGUGACACAUGGAGAAUGUACCUACCACACACUCUUGAGAUUCUCAGACGAGAGGAAAGUCAAGAUUUAAGUGAAAGAUAUACCCUACUUUCUAAAGUUGGGGAUUGUCUUCUGACCGAUGGCCGAGCGAAAGAAGCGGUUACUGCUUUUGGGAAUGUGUGUGCAUGGAACGAAAAGCACUAUGAUGAAGAACAUCCCUCUCGACUGGGAUCUCAGCACGAGCUCGCAAGCGCAUAUAAAUCCAACGGGCAGAUCAAGCAGGCUGUGAAGCUACUUGAGCAUGUGGUCGCAGUAAAAGAGAAAACGCUGUAUAAAGAACAUCUCUCUCGACUAGCAUCUCAGCAUGAGCUUGCAAGGGCAUACCAAUCCAACGGGCAGAUCAAGCAAGCUAUGGAGUUACUUGAGUAUGUGGUCAUAGUAAAAGAGAGAAUACUGGAUGAAGAACAUCCCUCUCGACUGAGAUCUCAGCAUGAGCUCGCAAGCGCAUAUAAAUCCAACGGGCAGAUCAAGCAGGCUAUAGUACUGUUUGAGCAUGUGGUCGCAGUGCAAGAGAGAAUGCUAGAUAAAGAACAUCCCUCUCGACUGGUAUCUCAGCAUCAGCUUGCGGGGGCAUACCGAUCCAAUGGGCAGAUUAAACAGGCCAUGGAGCUACUUGAGUAUGUGGUCUCGGUGCAAGAGAGAACGCUGGAUAAAGAACAUCCUGAUCAACUGGCAUCUCAGCACGAGCUCGCAAAGUCAUACCUAUCCAACGGGCAGACUAAACAGGCCAUGGAGCUACUUGAGCAUGUGGUUGCGGUGCAAGAGAGAACGCUGGAUGAAGAACAUCCUGAUCAACUGGUAUCUCAGCAUGAGCUCGCAAGGGCAUACCUAUCCAACGGGCAGACUAAGCAGGCCAUGGAGCUACUUAAGCAUGUGGUUGUAGUAGAAGAGAGAACACUAGAUGAAGAGCAUCCUGAUCGACUAACAUCUCAGCACCAGCUCGCAAGGGCAUACCUAUCCAACAGGCAGAUUGAGCAGGCUAUAGGGCUAUUUGAGCACGUGGUCGCAGUACAAGAGAAAACGCUAGAUGAAGAACAUCAUAAUCAACUAGCGUCUCAGCAUGAGCUCGCAGGGGCAUACCUAUCCAACAGGCAGACUAAGCAGGCUGUGGAGCUACUUGAGCAUGUGGUCGCAGUACAAGAGAGAAUACUGGAUGAAGAACAUCCUGAUCGACUAGCAUCUCAGCACGAGCUCGCAGGGGCAUACCAAUUCAACGGACAGACCAAGCAGGCCAUGGAGCUACUUGAGCACGUGGUCGCAGUAGAAGAGAGAACGCUGGAUGAAGAGCAUCCUGAUCGACUGGUGUCUCAGCGCUUACUUGCACGGGUGUAUCAAUCUAUUGCUCGUACCAAUCCAACUGGCAGAGGAAGCCGGCAGUGGAGCUACUUAAGCACAUGGUCAAGGUGCAAGAGAAAACGCCUGAUGAAGAAAAUCCCUUUCGACCGGCGUCUCACCGCGCGCUCCAAGACGUGA